UACUGCCAAAUCAAAAGCAACCAAACAUUCAAGAUUAACCCAUCAAUCAAUCGCCCUUCUAAUCUCCCUAUUAAUUAAUUAGUCAACUUAAUUGCAAUUUGCAAUGCAAACUACUACUGUAACCUAUAGGUACCAACGGUCAGCCUCUGGAUUGACUGUGGGAGCACACUUGUUUGGCUUCUUAGCCAUCAUACUCAUGCUUGUUUGGUUGCUGCAUUACCGUGGCGGUUUAGACUAUGAUUCAGACAAUUCAGAUCGGGUUUUCAAUGUUCAUCCGUUUCUCAUGUUCUUUGGGUUUAUUUUCUUUGCUGGUGAAGCGAUGAUGGCAUACAAGACGGUAUUGUCGGCACACAAGGUGCAGAAGUACGUUCAUGCCUUGUUCCACCUGAUAGCUCUGUGUUCUGGAAUCUUCGGGAUAUGCGCUGUUUUCAAAUACCAUGACAUGAACAACAUAGGAGACAUGAAUUCCCUCCAUUCAUGGAUUGGCUUGUCCACCUUUAUCUUGUACUGUUUGCAGUGGGUGCUUGGAUUUGCUACUUUCUUGUUUCCAAGAGCUUCGGAACGGACGGCGAUCAGAAUUGUUCCAUGGCAUAUGAGUGGGGGGAGGGCGCUGCUGUACUUGUCAAUAUGUGCUGCUCUAACUGGCUUGACACAAAAAUCCACAUUCCUUGGGGUUGAGCAUGUGCUAUCUCACAGAGAAUCGAAUCUGAUCAACUUCACUGGACUAUCAAUCCUCCUCUUCGGCAUCUUCGUUGAUCUUUCUGUUGCUCUUGCCCGUUAUGUGUGAUUAAUUCCUAAUUAUUUCUUCAUUUUCGAGCCUUUACAGAUGGAUUAUUGGAUUGCACACAUUAAUUGGUUGGUGUGUUGUGUGCUUAAUUAUGUAUCUCUUUUUUCUUUUGGCGUGAAUCAUUUGAGCGGAUCUACAUGAAGGUUCAUAUAUAUAAUGUGACAUGGAUAUAGAUUUAUGAAUUCAAUUAUUUUUUAUUCCAUGGUUGAGC